UACCUCUCUAUUUAUCUCUCUUAACUACUACCAUGAGAAGCAUAUCCCCUCAUUCUUUUUCUUACAUUGGUCGGACUUUUUUUGUUUUUGUUUGGUCCCUUCGCAUUUGUCUUUUCAUCAUCUUUGGUUAUUACUCUUUAUCUGUUUCUUUUUUGUCUUCUUGUGUGACAGUGUUUAACUUGAUGGUUGCUAAUCCACAAUCACAAAUGGCGUGCAUGACAUUGGGUUCUAAGUCUGAAGUAUUUCAUCGUGAAGGAAAAACUUGGCUUUGCUCAACUGGGCUUCCAAGCGACGUUAUGAUUGAGAUUGGAGAAAUGUCAUUCAAUGUCCACAAGUUUCCAUUGCUUUCAAGAAGUGGGCUUCUGGAAAAGCUUAUUGAAGAGUUUCCUACUGAGGAUGGAUCUGGUUCUGUCUUGAAACUUCAAGACUUACCUGGUGGAGCUAAGGCAUUUGAACUUAUUACCAAAUUUUGCUAUGGCAUUAAAAUAGAGCUCACCCCUUCGAACAUCGUCAGCCUCAGAUGUGCGGCAGAGUACCUCCGAAUGACUGAAGAUUAUGGAGAAGGAAAUCUCAUUGCACAUACAGAGGCUUUCCUUAAUGAAGUUUUUAGCAAUUGGACAGACUCUAUAAAAGCUCUUGAGACGUGUGAAGAAUUUCUCCAAUAUGCAGAAGAACUUCACAUUGUCUCAAGGUGCAUCGAGUCAUUGGCAACUAAGGCUUGUACAGACCCACACCUGUUUAAUUGGUCUGUAUCCGAAUGCAGUGACACACAGACUGCAUCAGCUCCUGCCUUAUGGAAUGGACUAUCUGGUGCAACUAAGCCACCGUCUACGACCAAUGAUUGGUGGUUUGAGGAUGUUUCAUUCCUCAGAUUGCCUCUCUAUAAGCGAUUGAUUUUAGCCAUUGAAUCAAGAGGCAUGCAGCCUGAGACUAUUGCUGCUUCCCUCCUAUACUAUGCUAAGAGGCGCCUUCCCUUGAUGAAUAUGCAGGCAACCUAUGACGUAAACCAUAUCAAUCCAGGGACUACCAUAUCCACCCCUUCUGAGGCUGAUCAAAAGGUUCUUCUCGAAGACAUUGUUGGAUUAUUACCAGUUAAGAAAGGUGCCACAUCCACCAAUUUUCUGCUUAGGCUGCUCCGAGCUGCAAUGGUGUUACAUGCAAGUCCAUCAUGCAGGGAAAACUUGGAGAAAAGGGUUGGAGCACAAUUAGACCAAGCUGUCCUUGUGGAUCUUCUCAUACCAAAUAUGGGUUAUUCGGUCGAUACCCUUUAUGAUAUAGAGUGUGUUCAUAGAAUUCUUGAUCAUUUCAAGACAGUAGAACUGGGAGGAGCUAUAUCAUCUUCCCCUUGCAUAGUUGAAGACCAGUUGACGAAUGGAACUGAUCCACUUACGCCUAUCACAAUGGUUGCCAAUCUAAUAGACGAAUAUCUUGCUGAGGUUGCUCCAGAUGUUAAUCUGAAGCCUCCGAAAUUCGAAGCACUUGCCGCUGUUGUCCCGGAUUAUGCUAGGCGUCUCGAUGAUGGCAUUUAUCAUGCAGUUGAUGUAUACCUGAAGGCACAUCCUUGGCUUACAGAUAUGGAGAGAGAGCAACUUUGCAGGCUCAUGAACUGCCAGAAGCUAUCGUUGGAAGCCAGCACCCAUGCAGCACAGAAUGAGAGGCUACCUCUCCGAGUGAUCGUCCAAGUUCUCUUCUUCGAACAAAUGCGACUCCGCACAUCAAUUUCUGGCUGGUUUUUUGUGUCUGAAAACCUUGAAACCUCACAGAAUCCUGAUGGAAGCAUAGGGCUCCCAAGGAAUGAUGAGUCCAAUAAAAUGGACAAUGCACAAGACUGCGCUGUGGCUUUUGACAUCGCGGAGCGUGUUUCUGAUCUUGAAAAGGAGUGUUUAAGCAUGAACCAGGAGCUUCGGAAGUUGGCGAAAUCAAAGAGAAGCUGGAAGAUAUUCUCCAAAAAGCUGGGUUUCGGGCAGAAAUCCCGCCAUUGCAAUGUCAAAGAAACAAAAUCAUGUGAUAUGAAGACAACGGCUUCAUCACUGAAUGGAAAACAAGGCCAUCACAACAAUGCUGAGGUACUUUGUUAAAACUUUUGUUAAAUCCAAACCAACUAGAAAUUAAAAGAUCUCUAGGAUUCUUUGUUGUAUUUGUUUCUUGAAGAUUGUUGUGAUUCUUUCCUGCGUGAAACAUAGAGGGGUCAAAGUGCUGUAUGGUUUAGAAACGUAGUUCUACUAAUGUUUUUUUUGAUAAGCAAGUUCUACUAAUGUUUCCUUUCAUGGCUCUGAAAAUAUAUGAUUUUGUG